AUGGAGUCAACGCCGGAAAAAUUAUACUUUGGAAAAUCUCUGUUAGUUCCAAGUGUUCAAGAGCUUGCCAAACAGCACCUAACCAAUAUUCCGGCCAGGUAUGUCCGCCCAGAGCAAGAAACUCCGGUCAUAUCCACCGGAGCAUCGGUUCCAGUAAUCGAUCUUCAAAAGCUGAUUUCAGGUGAUUCCAUGGAUUCUGAGCUACAAGAGCUUCACUCUGCUUGCCAACAAUGGGGUUUCCUACAGGUUAUAAACCAUGGAGUGACACCUUCGUUAAUGGAGGACUUCAAGAGAGAGGUUAUUCAAUUGUUCAAACUACCAAUGGAGGAAAAGAAGAAACUAUGGCAACAGGAAGACAGCUUGGAAGGUUUUGGGAAUGCAUUCGUUGUAUCGGAGGAGCAGAAGCUUGAUUGGGGUGAUAUGUUUGGCAUAAUGACUCUUCCUCCUCGUAUCCGCAAAGUUGACUUGUUUCAGAAAUUGCCCUCGAAUCUCAGGGACGUCUUGGAAGCAUACUGCAAAGAAAUUAAGAGCCUAGCAAUGAUUAUUGUAUGUCAAUUGUCAAAGGCUUUAAGGAUGGACGAGAGGAAAUGA